AUGGAGGUGCUGACUCCCAACCGCCCGCCCGGAGGCAUCGACACGGCCAACUUCACACAGCUACAAGAACCCCAAUCCCCCACCAACCUGCACGCUGCUAAGAGACAACAAGGAAAGAGCAUCCUACUCAACCACAUGCCUCCUCCAAUCUACAAAGAGCCAGGACAAGAGGGCCUACGCAGCAACAAUCUGCAAUAG